AUGGACCUUUAUAACAGUAGUUAUUUAAUAAAUCCUCACUGUAUAAAGGAUGUAACUGUGAAUCAACUGGGGCCGCGAGAACAGGAAGAAGCAGAUGAACCAUUUAGAAAAGGAAUAAAUUAUUUAUUUGAUAACAAACUAUUAAAAGCUAAAGCUUUAUUACAAACGAAGGCAUAUAGCGAUCCGUUAUACGCUUUAGGAUUAGGCCUUAUGACAUUCAUGAAAGCAAUUAUGACAUUUAAUAAAGACGAUAAAGAAUUAGCAAUAGAUACAUUAACAUUAGUAUACAAUAUAUCAAAAGUACAAACUAAUGAUGCAAUCGUUAAGAAACCCUACUAUCAAAGUUUAUGGUCCACUUAUUUUCCGACUUUUAUAUCAACAACUAAAUAUGGACUUCCUUCUGCAGAUCCCCCACUUUUAAUAGAAAAUGAUAAAGUAUAUAAACAUCAAUUUAUAUCCAAUGGAAUUUUAAGAGCAUAUGCUGUUAAGGCAGAAAGCUGCUUGUUAAUGGGAAUAUUAUAUAUGUUACAAGAGGAUGCAAUUGGUUAUUUAAAAUGUAGUUUAAAAUUAAGAAAAGCCUUUGGCUACUAUUCAAUAAUUUGGCAGGAACAUAAAAGAAUGGGACAAGAAUAUACAAAAUAUAUAGAUCGUGAUACAGUAUCCGGUAUGUACUUCGGUAUCGGUACCAUUCAUUUACUACUUUCAAUAUUACGGCAUAAGCUUCUUAAAUCAAUCCCUAACUUUGGUCUCAAAAGUGAUAUACAAUUAGGAUUGGCGCUUCUAAAAAUCUGUGUUGAGGGAAAGGGGGUUCGGGCAUCAUUAGCUUCUUUAAUUCUGUUGACAUAUUAUUGUAUACUUUCUUCAUUAGUGCCUCAACUUUACUCUAAAGAACUUAUGUUACCCGCGGUUGAAUGUUUGAAAAUUGCACAGAAACAGAAUCCUAACUCUUGUUUCUUUUUAAUUUACGCAGCAUAUAUAUCUCGUAUAUCUCGUAAUCUAGCCUUAUCCACUCAGUCAUUUACUUUUGCAAUAGAAUUGAGUCGUCAUGAUUGGGGGGAGCAUGCUAUAUCCCAACUAAGUUUCUAUGAAAUAGGAUUUAAUUUUGCAUUACAAUUAGAUUGGGAAUCAUCCAUGAAAUACUUUGAAAAACUAGUUAUAAGUAAAGAUCAUAGCCUGUCUCCUGUAUUUUGCCAAUACUUCAUUGGCUCAUGCAAAAGGAUGAUGGGGGAUAAUACAGGCAGCAUAUUAGCAUUUGCAAAAGUAUCUCAAUUACUUGAAUCGAAAGAGCAAUAUCAACCAUUACAAAAUAUAAGUUCCUGUGUCGAUGUGUAUGUGCAACAGAAAGUAAAAUUUCUUCAAAGGAAAGGAUAUCAAGAUAUAGAUAUUUGUUUGCCUGGUUUAGAAUUUUUACUUAUCUGGAAUGCAUAUGGAUAUAUGGAGGAAAAAGCUCUAAAAAUAUGUCUUGACAUCGUUCAAAAUACUAUAGAGUUAAUUUAUGAAAGAGAAAAAACUGACUAUAAUAUACGUUUACAUGAACUGAUGCCCUCUGCCAAUCUUCCGAACUAUUAUGUGCAAAGAGCGAUAUUGUUACUCAUAAAAGCAUCUAUAUUAAAUGCUCUGAAACGACACAAUGAUAGUAUUCCGUACUUAAACUGGAUUAUAGACAAUAUGCAAUAUUUAAAAUUAGAGACAUGGACUAUACCUUUUACUUAUUGGGAAGCGGGAAUUACAAGUUGGAAGUUGGGCGAUUAUGCUAAAAGUAAAAAAUUAUGGGAACAAGCCUUGACUUAUACAAACUAUGCUUUUGAAUAUCGAAUGGCUGUUCGCCUUAAUUUAGCCUUGAAUAAAUUCAAUGAAAAGAAAUUUGAAAUGUUUAGUGCAAAGAGGCAAAAGGAAUUGUCGACAAAUGGGAAAAAACGAGUGCAAAUUAAUUCUUCUUGA